CCAGUAUUGAUUGGGUUGCGCUUUAAAGGUGAUACAUUGCUCUUUCAGCAAUCAUCAGGAUCCUUAAAUGUUCUUGUUAACAUCAGAAGCUAGAAGUCUGGUUGUGUGGAACUGUCCUCCUGACCUGUAGCAUGAGAUACAACAGUUCUACCUGGUCACACAGCAUUAAGUAAGAUUUUCUUUAUCGAUGGACAACACCGGAUAUAGCAACGAGAGCAGUACAAGUGACGAGGACAUGGUGGAGAUAACAGGGGCAACGUUAGACUUCUCCACCACGGAGGAUGUUCCACCCUUGGGCCGAGAAUACGGUUCUGGGGAUAACACAGGUAUGGAGGAGGUGGAUGGGGUCCCUAAGCUAAUGGACCUCCUGGAUGAGCCUGUUCCAGGGGUGGGCACUUAUGAGGACUUCAACACUAUCGACUGGGUGCGGGAAAAGUCCAAAGAUCGCGAUCGCCACAGAGAGAUUACCAGUAAAAGCAAGGAAUCCACAUGGGCGCUGGUGAAGAGCGUCAGCGAUGCUUUCUCUGGCUGGCUGCUGAUGCUGCUCAUUGGACUCAUGUCAGGAGCUUUGGCCGGUGGAAUCGACAUUUCCGCCCACUGGAUGACAGACCUCAAGGAAGGGGUUUGUCUGAACGGGUUCUGGUUCAACCACGAACACUGCUGUUGGACAUCCAACGAGACCACCUUCCAGGAGAGGGACAAAUGUCCCCAGUGGAAAAGCUGGGCGGAGCUUAUUAUUGGCACCACGGAGGGUCCAUUUGCCUACAUUAUGAAUUACCUGAUGUACGUGUGCUGGGCGUUGCUCUUUUCUUUCCUGGCAGUUAGCCUGGUCAGGGCCUUUGCUCCUUACGCCUGCGGCUCUGGAAUCCCAGAGAUCAAAACCAUAUUGAGCGGGUUCAUCAUCCGUGGGUACCUGGGGAAGUGGACCCUGCUGAUCAAGACGGUGACCCUGGUUCUGGCUGUGUCGUCUGGGCUGAGCCUGGGGAAGGAGGGGCCCCUGGUCCAUGUGGCCUGCUGCUGUGCCAACAUCCUCUGCCACCUGUUCACUAAGUACCGCAAGAACGAGGCCAAGCGAAGAGAGGUUCUAUCUGCAGCUGCUGCCGUUGGAGUGUCUGUGGCUUUUGGCGCCCCCAUAGGAGGAGUGCUCUUUAGCCUGGAAGAGGUCAGCUACUACUUCCCGUUAAAGACCCUGUGGCGGUCAUUCUUUGCGGCGCUGGUAGCAGCCUUCACCUUGCGCUCCAUCAACCCAUUCGGCAACAGCCGCCUGGUGCUGUUCUACGUGGAGUUCCAUACCCCCUGGCACCUUCUAGAGCUCAUCCCCUUCAUCCUCCUUGGCAUCUUCGGCGGCCUCUGGGGCGCCUUCUUCAUCCGCGCCAACAUUGCGUGGUGUCGGCGGCGGAAGACCACAUGGCUGGGCCGCUACCCGGUCCUGGAGGUGCUGGUGGUGACGGCGGUGACAGCUGUGGUGGCCUUCCCCAACAGCUACACCCGGACCAGCACCAGCGAGCUCAUCUCGGAGCUCUUCAACGACUGCGGCCUGCUGGACUCGUCCAAGCUGUGCAACUACGACAACGCCAAUGUGACCAAGAGCAGCAACGAGCUGCCAGACCGCCCGGCCGGGGCCGACGUCUACACAGCCAUGUGGCAGCUCUCCCUGGCGUUGGUCUUCAAGAUGCUCAUCACCGUGGUGACGUUUGGCAUGAAGGUUCCCUCCGGCUUGUUCAUUCCCAGUUUGGCGGUGGGGGCGAUCGCAGGCAGGCUGCUGGGGAUAGGCAUGGAGCAGCUGGCCUACUACCACCACGACUGGGUGAUCUUUCGAGGCUGGUGCUCCCCCGGAGCCGACUGCAUCACUCCGGGCCUCUACGCCAUGGUGGGGGCCGCUGCUUGCUUAGGAGGUGUCACCCGGAUGACCGUCUCCCUGGUGGUGAUCAUGUUCGAGCUGACCGGAGGGCUGGAGUACAUUGUGCCCCUGAUGGCGGCCGCCAUGACCAGCAAGUGGGUGGCGGACGCCAUCGGCCGCGAGAGCAUCUACGAGGCUCACAUCCGACUCAACGGCUACCCCUUCCUGGAGGCCAAGGAAGAGUUCAGCCACAAGACGCUGGCCAUGGACGUUAUGAGGCCGCGGCGAAGCGACCCGCCCCUCUCCGUGCUGACCCAGGAUGGCAUGACGGUGGGGGACGUGGAGUCCCUGAUCACAGACACCACCUACAGUGGAUUCCCUGUGGUGGUGUCCCACGAGUCCCAGCGCCUGGUGGGAUUCGUGCUGCGCAGGGACCUCAUCAUCUCAAUAGAUAAUGCCAGACAGCGCCAGGACGGGAUAGUGAGUGCGUCGAGGAUCUUCUUUACGGAGUACACGCCCCCACAGCCUCCCAGCAGCCCACCUCCCCUGAAGCUGCGGGGCAUCAUGGAUCUGAGUCCGUUCACCGUCACCGACCUCACGGCCAUGGACAUUGUGGUGGACAUCUUCCGGAAGCUGGGCCUUCGCCAGUGCCUCAUCACGCACAACGGUCGGUUGCUCGGUAUCAUCACCAAGAAGGACAUUCUGAAGCACGUGGCCCAGAUUGCCAACCGGGACCCGGACUCAAUCCUCUUCAACUGAUGCUGCUUUAACCUGG